AUGACAUCCCAUGUGGCUGGCCCCCAGGCCCAGCAGGUCAAGGCACAGGUCAGGACCCUGUUCAGCGUGCUCAACUACGAGCGGGGGCGGCGGCCCGGCCUCCUGGGGGCCUCCAUGCUGGGCAUAGAUGACAUCUACAGAGCCUGGCGGGCCUUCGUGCUGCGCCUGCGGGCCCAGGACCCCACACCCAGGCUGUACUUCGUCAAGGUGGACGUGACGGGGGCCUAUGACACCAUCCCCCAAGACAGGCUCGUGGAGGUGAUCGCCAGCAUUAUGCAGCCCCCAGAGAACACGUAUUGUGUGCGCCGGUAUGCGGUGGUCCAGAGAACAGCCCACGGGCACGUCCGCAAGCUCUUCAGGAGACACGUCUCCACCCUCACGGACCUCCAGCCAUACAUGCAGCAGUUUGUGGAGCAUCUGCAGGAGACGGGCUCGCUGAGGGACGCCGUCGUCAUCGAGCAGAGCUCCUCUCUGAAUGAGACCAGCCGCAGCCUUUUCAAUUUCUUCCUGCACUUCGUGCAUGACAACAUCAUCAGGAUUGGGGGCAGGUCCUACGUGCAGUGCCAGGGCAUCCCGCAGGGCUCCGUCCUGUCCACGCUGCUCUGCAGUCUGUGCUACGGGGACAUGGAGAACAAGCUGUUUUCUGGGAUCCAGCAGGACGGGCUGCUCCUGCGUCUGGUGGAUGACUUCCUGCUGGUUACGCCUCACCUCACCCAUGCGAAAGCCUUUCUCAGGACCCUGGUCAGAGGCGUCCCUGAGUACGGCUGCGUGGUAAACUUGCGGAAGACGGUGGUGAACUUCCCCGUGGAGGACGAUGCCCUGGGUGGUGCGGCCGUCCUCCAGCUGCCCACGCACUGCUUGUUCCCCUGGUGUGGCCUGCUGCUGGACACCCACACCCUGGAGGUGCUCUGCGACUACUCCAGCUACGCCCGGACCUCGAUCAGAGCCAGUCUCACCUUCAGCUGCGGCUUCAGAGCCGGGAGGAACAUGCGUCGCAAGCUCUUUGGGGUCUUGCGGCUGAAGUGUCAUGGCCUCUUUCUGGAUUUGCAGGUGAACAGUCUCCAGACGGUCUUCAUAAACGUGUACAAGGUCUUCCUGCUGCAGGCCUACAGGUUCCACGCAUGUGUGCUGCAGCUUCCAUUCAACCAGCAAGUUUGGAAGAACCCCUCGUUCUUCCUGCGGAUCAUUUCUGACACCGCCUCCCGCUGCUUCUCCAUUCUGAAAGCCAAGAACGCAGGGACGUCAGUGGGGGCCAAGGGCACAUCCGGCCUGGUUCCCCGUGAAGCCGUGUGCUGGCUCUGCCAUCGAGCCUUCCUGCUCAAGCUGACGCAUCACCUUGUCACCUACAAAUGUCUCCUGGGCACGCUCAGGACAGCCCAGAUGCGGCUGUGCAGGAAGCUUCCUGAGGCCACGAAGGCCAUGCUCGAGGCCGCAGCCGACCCGGCCCUGACCACAGACUUCAAGACCCUCUUGGACUGACAGCCUUUCUCCCAGCUGGAUGGACUCGGGCACCAGCAGCCCCGGUUGUGCCUGGUUCUGCGUCUGAGAGAAGAGUUGGGGUGCCACUGGGAGGCCCUGGCGCUCCCCCAGCACCCCCAGUCCUGAGCUGCAGGGCAGGAGCUUGUCCCGAUGCACUUCUUCCCAUGGUGGGGGCUGGUCCCCUCCUGGUGAUCUUAGGGAAACAGGGCCUGCCCACCACGAUCCUCAUGACCUGGGGCAUCCAUCCUUCAGCCACUGACUGCCAGGGAGAGACAGGCGAGCGAACCUGGCUGGGUGCUUUGGGCCUGUCUGGACAGGGUGUGAGGAUCCGCCCUGGCCCU